GGUAAUGAUGAUGCACAUCAACUGGCACUUGCCCUGGCCUGGACAGAAGUCCAGUUUUGCAACCUCCACCUUACCACCUGUCUCUCCCUUUUCUCAUCCUCAGAGAAAAUCCAAGAUUACUGCUUCCCGCAAGCUCAUGCUGAAGAGCCUGAUGCUGGCCAAGGCCAAGGAAUGCUGGGAGCAGGAGCACGAGGAGAGAGAGGCUGAGAAGGUGCGCUACCUGGCCGAGCGCAUCCCCACGCUGCAGACCCGAGGCCUGUCCCUCAGCGCCCUGCAGGACCUGUGCCGGGAGCUGCACGCCAAGGUGGAGGUGGUGGACGAGGAGCGAUACGACAUCGAGGCCAAGUGCCUCCACAACACCAGGGAGAUUAAGGACUUGAAGUUGAAGGUGCUGGACCUCCGUGGAAAGUUCAAGCGCCCACCUCUGCGACGGGUCCGCGUCUCCGCUGAUGCUAUGCUCCGGGCUCUGCUGGGCUCGAAGCACAAGGUGUCCAUGGACCUGCGGGCCAACCUCAAGUCUGUGAAGAAGGAAGACACAGAGAAGGAACGGCCUGUGGAGGUGGGCGACUGGAGGAAGAACGUGGAGGCCAUGUCUGGCAUGGAAGGCCGGAAGAAGAUGUUUGAUGCUGCCAAGUCUCCAACCUCCCAGUAGAGGCGGGCUUGCUAUGCUGCACUCUGUGCUCCUGCUUCAGGCUCCUUCCUUCAAGCACACUCACCUGUCUCUGCCCCACCUCUGUCUGGAGCAUCUCACCUGACCCCUCCUGCAUGCUCUUCCCUCCAGCCUGCAUGCUCUCCCCGGAACCAGGAAGCAACACACACAGUACGAGAGGAGAGAGAGGAAAGAGAAAGCCAGCUGAAGACCUCCCCGCAGUGAGGCCAGCCUGUGGUGCAGCGAGCUGAGGACUGCAGGGAGAGCACCUUCCUGCAUCUCUGUGCAGCUCCCCUCCAUUGCUGCUGUGACAUGUAGUGUCCACGGGCAUCGUGGCCCCUCCAUUAAAAAAUCCAGU